AUGAUUUCGCACACUGUGAAAGUAUUCGUUCUCCUUGCAUUGGUCUUGCUGGACCUUGGAGGGGCAAACCCGCAAAUAACUCCUUUAGUUACCACCGAGGAUCAUGACGCAAGCUUCUCCUACCAAAAUUUGGUCCUGAAAAUCGUUAUUCACAUCAGAACUUCCAGAGAUGGUACCGAAUCCUAUCGCCACUGCAUUGGGACGUUAUUUCACGUAAACAACGCUUCGAUAUUCCUGGUUUCUUCUGGUCGCGAGUUCUUUACCAACUCUUUCCGUAUGGUCCAUUCGGCAUCGGUGUCGGUCGUAUUGAAGAACAAUGUUUCGGAGACGAUUUUGGUGAACCCGGUUUCAAUUCUCGUCCAUCGAAACGGUGCUGCAUCCCCAGAUUUCGAUAUUGCUGUCAUAAAAGUGUCUCGGUCCACCUUGGGGGCUUGUGUUUUUGACACCCCUGUUGGCAUCCCCACAAUCUCGGAAGAAGCCAACAUUAGCUUCAGCUGCAAAACACUAAUCGCCCAUGGACUUUCAACGGUUGCCAGUUUUGAAGUAGCGAAUUUCUCCAUUGUCGAUCAGAGGAAAUGCGGUCUCUCGCGGUAUCAUAGAGGAACAAUGUAUUGUGGCUCUACGAAGGGUUCCCUUAAUUUUCCGCUAUGCGCAGGUUCCUCGGGGCAGCCGUUGUUGUGCCCAUUGACCAGUGUGGCAAGAGGGAGAAUGCAGACCACUGUUCUAGCUGGCUACUCUUCUCGCCAUAAUUGCGAGGACGGUUCGCGUUUUACUAACUUGUAUAUGAAAACUGCUUCACACAAGGAUUGGGUAAAAAAUGCAAUUUCUGUGUUGGACAAUGUUAAAUCCGGAACAUACUGCCUCACAGAAGAUCGGCGAUUGUUCGACUCAAACGCUGAGGAGUAUUACCCUCUCUGUCGCUGGUUGUCUGACUUCAGUGACUAUACCGAUGAUACUCCUCCUCAGAUGUCGCUGCUGGUUGUUUAUUCACAGGGCGUUGUUGGAUUGGGCGUUUAUGUGAAUGUUGAAAAUUUCAACAGAAAUGAACAUAUCUUCGUGGCUCCUGCGCAUUUGUUCAGAAGAUGA